AUGGCGACGAUCGGUACGUUCAACGAGGAGGGGGUAAACGUGGACCUGUACAUCCCGCGCAAGUGCCACGCGACCAACAACCUCAUCACCUCGUACGACCACUCCGCCGUGCAGAUUGCCAUCGCGAAUGUGGACGCCAACGGUGUGAUCAACGGCACCACGACGACCUUCUGCAUUGCCGGCUACCUCCGCUGCCAGGCCGCGUCUGACCACGCGAUAAACCACCUGGCGAUUGCGAAGGGCAUGAUCCGCAUCAAGACAGGCAAGAAGCCCCGCGCGAAGAAGGUGAAGGGCCUGAAGGGGAUUGGCGCCCGCGGCGCGGCAAAGGGUGCCCCGCAGCAGCGGGGCGCCCGUGCCGCCCCUGGCCAGAGGGGUGCUGCCCAGCGUGGCGGCGCGCAGAAGGGCAACGCCCGCAGGCCCCAGCAGAAGCAGCCGCAGCAGCGCGGUGCCCGUCCUGCCCGGAAUGAAGAGGGCGGUCGCCCUCAGCGCGGUAGCAAGAAUGCGCCUCAGUCUCGCCAGCAGCAGGGCAGGAACGCGCCUCGUCCCCAGAAGGCAUAG